GACUUCGACCUAGUUGGAGAGUAUGACAGCAGCAGCAUACUGUAGCUCUACAUAACAGUGGGCAUAUGACUGCGCAUCGAAGGGAAUACAGAAUAAAACAUAUUCUUGCAAAAUGUCUCGAGCGGCAGACAGACUGAAAGUGGUCGUGAAUCAUCUAGAUCGACCAUCUUCUUUUGUUCAAGCAUCUACCUCUGGCCAAAACGUUACCUACUAUCAACCACAAGCACUGAGGUAUUCCUUUGACAAUGAUCUGCUGAGCACUGAGCAGAGAAUCUCCUAUGAGGAGGAUGGGUUCCUCCUGAUCAAGGGCCUGGUGUCUGGGGAGGACAUUGACAGAUUCAGGGUGGCGUUUGAGCGGAUAUGCCGUCGGGAGGUGCAGGUCCCGGGGCUGGUGGUGAUGAGGGACGUGUCCAUCGCCAAGUCAGAGUUCGUCCCUAACCAGAAGGCCAUCUCCAAGCUGCAGGACUUCCAGGAAGAGCCUGAGUUAUUCCGCUACUGUAGCCUGCCUCAGAUCCUGAAUUAUGUGGAGUGUUUCACUGGUCCCAACAUCAUGGCCAUGCACACCAUGCUGAUCAACAAGCCCCCAGACACAGGUAAUAAGACAUCUCGCCACCCAAUGCACCAGGACCUGCAUUAUUUUCCAUUCCGUCCGGCGGACCGUAUUGUCUGUUCCUGGACCGCCAUGGAGAAGAUUCACCGCCAGAACGGCUGUCUGGUGGUCCUUCCUGGUUCUCACCACGGCACCCUCAAAGAACACGACUACCCAGAGUGGGAGGGUGGGGUCAAUAAGAUGUACCACGGUGUCCGUGACCACGACCCCAAUCAUCCCAGGGUGCACCUGGAGAUGGAGAAAGGAGACACAGUGUUCUUCCACCCUCUAUUGAUCCAUGGAUCUGGAAUGAACCAGACGCAGGGCUUCCGCAAGGCCAUCUCCUGCCACUAUGCCAGUGCUGACUGCUACUACAUUGACGUGAGGGGAACCACCCAGGAGAACAUAGGCCAGGAGGUGAAAGAGAUCGCAGCAAGGAAAUACGCUGUUAAUGACGUCACAUUUGAGGAUACCUGGGCUGUAAGGGGCCGUCUGGUGCAAGGGGAUAGGACCAAUCUGUGAGAGAGCCCGCCCACCACAGUGUGACGGUCACUCACCACUAACAACCUGCCAAUCAAAGGAGAUUGAAAAAGUUGGCUAAUCCACCAGCCAAUAAGCUGAGACUCAUUGACGGGAGUAAUUUAUUCGUUGGGCAAGAGUGAGUGUCCAAGAUUCUGAGAGCUGUUUGCCAGAUGUGUUUAACAUAUUUGAUUUUGAUUUGAUUCUAUUUGGAUCUCUUUUAGUCCCCAUUUGGACUAAUCUUCCAAGAGUCCUUAAACAUUAAAAUACAAUUUAUAAUACAAACACAUUUUCACAUAUAACACACUAUUACAAACAUACAUAAUAUACUAACAUAAUGACC